AUGGAGAAAUAUAUUGAAACUAAGGUUUCAAUAGAAUAUGAACAACAAACAGGAGAAACCAUUAUUAUUGAAAGUGAAGAUAAAACAAAUGGUAAUAUUAUUAUUAAAAUAUUUGAUGCAAUUAAAAAUUAUAAAAAUGUAAGAUCUAUUAAAAGUAAAAAAUAUUCAAGUAAAAGUGUGUUAAGUCAUGAUGAUGACAUCAUUAGUGAGAAGGAAGAUUUUCAAAUCGCCAUUUCUCAAAGUGGAAGAUUCGUUGCUACAUUUGAUACAGCAAACCUUCGAAUUAAAAUAUUGGAAAACACUGAUCAUCGCCCACUCAGUAUUCCUAAGGUGGAGGAUAUGGAUUCCAAUAAGUCUGAUAUAAUUGACAAGACAAUCGUACAUUUUAAGAUAAGAGAUCUUAAUAUUGAUAAGUUUUACACUGAAGGUUUCACCUCUUCUCUAUAUAAAGAAUCUCGAGAGCAGAAAAAUGUAGACAUAACAGUGGAUAUCAGCAAUGAUAAUGAUUCUUUUAACAAUUUUGAAAAAGAUGAAGUGAUCGAGGAUGAAAAGUUUAGAUGUUCUUUCGAUAUAUCAAAUGUGUGCAUGAAUAAUAAUAAGCAUUUUAUUUUUGAUGCCGUAUCUUGUAUAGAUGAUGAAGAUUUAAGAGGAACAACAAAAGAAACAAAUGAAAAAAGAGGAACUACUAUCAUUUAUCCCAUUAAACUGUUAAAAGAUGAAAAAGAAAAUUAUAUCAUACUCGUGGAAUUGGAAUUUCAGUCGAAAAUAGUUAAAAUAAACUUACAAGAAAAUAUAAUAGAAAUAUUUUCUCAGUUAGUAAGAACAAAUUAUACCUUUGCUUUACACGAGGAAUUCAAUCUAUCAAGUUAUACUUUUUUGAAAAAUGGUCUUGAAUCCAUCUCAAAAAAAUUUGAUGAUAUUGAAAAUACUUAUUCAUUAGUAUUCAUUGAAAAGGAUAGGAAAUUUGUAAUUGAUAGUGGCGCUGAAGAUGAGGAAAAUUUAAAACUUAUAAUUUGGGAUAUGUAUAAUGCUGUAGAAACUGAAACGAUAGAAUUAGAUGAUUUUCUUACGACAUAA